AUGGCGACGCUCCUCCCUGCACGGCCGCCGCCUCCGUCCCCGGGCGGGACUCGGGCAUUGCUCGCCAUUCUCGGGCGCGCGUGCCGGCCGCAUCCCGCGCCGAGGCGCCCCGCUCCGCACCACCGACUCCGCUCCGGGUUUUGCCGCUCUCUCGGCCCAGCAGCCCGUCGGGGGCGCGCUCAGCGCUGGGGCCGCGGCGGCGGCGCGCAGGGCGGGGUCGCGCCUCCUCCCGCGUCUCCUGUUUCAGCCGCUGCUACAGGGGCACCCAAGAUGGAAAUCCAGGGGCUGCUCGCGGCCCAGACCCCGCGCGGGAACCAACAUGGCGGCGGCAGCCGCGGCGGCGCCGCUUGUCCCAGGCCGCCCCCGCCGCCGCCGCCGCCCGCGGCCUCCCGAGCCUGCGGAGGGCCCGGCCCGCCGGCCGCCUCGGCCCCCGCGCGGCGCCGCCUGCUCCUCCGGGGCCCCGAAGAUGGCGGGCCGCUGCUGCGGCGAGAGAAGCCGCCGCCGCCCGGGGAGGCCGAGGCCGCCUCCGCCGCCGCCUCGGCCGAGCUGAGCCUCCCGCUGCUGCUGCUGGAUGAGAAGCCGCCGCUACCGGGCCCGGCGGGCGACGCGGCCCCCGCGGCCUCCUCCCCGCAGCCCCCGCUCCUGGCGCCCGAGGCCGGCGGCGGCGACUCCUUCCUGGUUGUGUUCAACCUGGGCCGGGGAGCCGAGGCGGAGGCCGGCGCCGGGGCCGCCAAGCCCAGGCCCGGGGAAGCGGCGGCUGCGGCCGCUCUCCAGGACGAGGGCGGCGGCGCUGAGGCCGGGGGCGGCGCGAGCCCGGCCCCCCGCGCGCCCGCCCGGCCCCGCGAGCAGCCCCCGGCCCCGGCGCCCUGCGGGCCCCCGGCCGGCCCUGCCGCCUCCUUCGCGGGCACCAUCACCAUCAACAACCAGAACCUGAUCGUGCGCAUCGAGAACGGCUUCCUGACGCUGGCGGCGCCGCUGGGCGCGGAGCCCGGCGCGGCCAAGAGCGGCCCGCAGCCCCCGGGCCCGCCGCCCGAGGAGCCGCCGCAGCAGCUCCCGGGCGCCGCCGGCCCCGCGCUCGGCUCCGCCGAGCCGGCCGAGCUGGGCCUGGCCGACCCCGUGGCCAGCUUCCUGCUGGCCGAGCCCGCGACCAAGGGCCCCGCGCCGCCGCCGCAGCCUCCGCCGCAGCCCCCCGGAGCCGAAGGCGGCAGCGGCGGUGCGGGCGGCCCGGGCGGAGUAGGCGGCGGUGGCGGAGGUGUCGUGCUGGUCUACCACUGUCCCGAGCCCGACUGCCCGCACACGUUCCCCAAGAAGCACCAGCUGAAGCUGCACCUGCUGUCACACAGCAGCACGCAGGGCCAGCGGCCCUUCAAGUGCCCGCUGGACGGCUGCGGCUGGUCCUUCACCACGUCCUACAAGCUCAAGCGGCACCUGCAGUCGCACGACAAGCUGCGGCCCUUCAGCUGCCCCGCGGGCGGCUGCGGCAAGAGGUUCACCACGGUCUACAACCUCAAGGCGCACAUGAAGGGCCACGAGCAGGAGAACACGUUCAAGUGCGAGGUGUGCGCCGAGCGCUUCCCCACGCACGCCAAGCUCGCGGCGCACCAGCGCAGCCACUUCGAGCCCGAGCGCCCCUACAAGUGCGAGUUCCCCGGUUGUGAGAAGACAUUUAUCACAGUAAGUGCUUUAUUUUCCCAUAAUCGAGCCCACUUCAGAGAACAAGAAUUGUUUUCUUGCUCUUUUCCUGGAUGCAACAAGCAGUAUGAUAAAGCCUGCCGCUUGAAGAUCCAUCUGAGAAGUCAUACAGGUGAAAGGCCUUUCAUCUGUGAUUCAGAUGGUUGUGGCUGGUCCUUCACCAGCAUGUCUAAGCUUCUGAGGCACAAAAGGAAACACGAAGAUGACCGGAGGUUUACAUGUCCAGUAGAAGGCUGUGGUAAAUCGUUUACAAGAGCAGAACAUUUGAAAGGCCAUAGUGUGACCCACCUGGGCACAAAGCCAUUUGAGUGUCCAGUAGAAGGUUGCUGUGCUCGGUUCUCUGCACGGAGCAGUUUGUAUAUCCAUUCGAAGAAGCACCUUCAGGACGUGGAUGCUCUGAGAAGCCGCUGCCCUGUAUCCAGCUGCAAUAAGCUGUUCACGUCCAAGCACAGUAUGAAGUCUCACAUGGCCAAACAGCAUCACUUUAGUUCAGACCUCUUAAGCCAGCUUGAAGCUACAAGUUUUCUUACACCCAGCAGUGAACUUACCAGCCCAGCACAGAGCGAUCUUAGCAACAUAGACCUUGUGUCUCUCUUCUCUAACGUGUCUAGUAACAAUUCUGCAAUUACGACAGAUAUGGCAUUAGUGAACUCUGGAAUUUUGACAAUAGAUGUUGCUUCGGUGAGCUCAACUCUUGGGGGGAACCUUUCUGUUAAUAAUAAUAAUAACUCCUUGGGGCAGGCUGUGGACCCAUUGAUACUGGUGGCCAGCAGUGACAUGCCUCACAGUCUCGAUAGUUCUCUGUUGCUGGGUACAACCGCCACAGUUUUACAACAAAGCACUUUAAAUUUGGAUGAUGUCCAGACGGUAAAUGCAGAAGCACUGGGGUCUCUGGCAUCUCUGUCUGUGAAGAACUCUGCUCAAGAUCUUCCCGCUCUUACGUCUAGCAAUAACUUAACAGUAGAGCCAUCCACCCUGACCCCGUCCAGCAGCCUCACUGGCAGCAACGUUCCCGGACUCCUGACGCCACCCAAAACCGAACAGGACUUACUUCCUGGCUCAGACAUCGUUGGACAACAGGAAGGAAGCAAAGUUGUGACUCAGUUUGUAUUCUCCAACCCAACAGCAAGCUACAGUGCUGAAAAAGAAAUGGAUCUCCAUGCAGUGCCUGGGAGCUCCUUUUUGGAAAGUGGGGGCUCAGCAAGAACUGAUUAUCGAGCCAUUCAGCUAGUCAAGAAAAAAAAAGAGAAAGGGCCGGGAAGCAGCACAGGGUCAUCAGGAUCUACUCAAAGGAAACUAAAAGGUGGUAAAGUGAGUCCCACUCAUUUCUCCACAAGUCAUAGCAGUCGAUUAUGUGGGAAUAUUGUAGUGCCGAAUGGAGGCUUAACAGUACGAGACCCGGCCACUGGAGCUCAGUUUGUUCAGAUUCAGUUGUUGCAGGAUGAUCCCCCUGGUGAUGGAGACUCACCGUUUCAGCUCAGCUCUCAGUCUUCCACAUCACAUUCUCAACUUACUGUGGAUUUGCCAGUACAUAUACUUCAGGAGCCACACGCUUCGACUGAGGACGAUGCCGGUUCUGAUAACUCACAGUUCACAGGAAGCACAAUAAACUUACAGGACCUAGAAUGAGACUAUUAAUAUUCCUUAGGGUUGGGGAGGGAUGCAAAGAGUGCAAUCAUGCUAUGGAAAAUGGAAAAGAUGUUUCCAGAGCUUAAUUUAAUUUAAUUUUUAAAGAAAACGUGAAAAAAAUUGGAGCGAAUGCAUCUGGUUUUAUGGUUCCACACAGAGUUUCUUCAAAGGACUCUUGGAUGUAUCAAUAGAUGUUGUUUGCCUUCUGCUUGGACUGUUAGCAAAGGGUCCCUUGGGUUGGGUCGUAUGAAGCUGCCUUGAAAAAUAGAAGGGCUAUGAUAAAGCCAGCACUUUGACCCAGUAACGUGCACCACUUCAGUUUGUGAAUCUGCCUUUCCGUUGUCAAACUUGAUCACAGAUCAUUUGUUGCAUUUAAAAAAUGACAGCUUUUAAGAAGAGGCAAAGAUUUAGCUCAGUCGGUAAAUGGGAGACUGACUGACCCGUGUCUGGGUGCCUACACUAGAAGGGAAGAAGAUACCUAGAGGCUCAUCUUGGACUGGAGAGAGGGCAUGCCCAAAGCCGGCCUCAUGAGCUGUAGGCUGUAGGGGCUUGUCCUCUGACAGAUAGGAGACACAAUCCCCGGUCCUCCAUUGAGAGCUUGCUGUUGGACAACUUGGCUGGCUCUCCUCCUUUCUGGAUGCCCUUGGGACAGCUGUGUUCCAAGUACUUGGACUGUGUAGGGUUAGAACUGGGAGUGACCUGAGAGGCCGUCUGGGCCAACCCCCUUAUUUACAGAGGAGGGAACUGAGGCCCAGAGGAUGUUGCAGCAGCAUUUGAACCUACGUCUUCCUGAUUCCAAGUCCAGCACUCUGUGUGGCAGCCUCGAAGAGCAGAGCCUGGUGUCAUGGCACCAGGGACCUGGGAUUUCUGUGUGUGGGUGUUCUCUCCACUGGUGUAGGCCCUGGCCCCAUCUCAUCUCAGAGCCGCCUGUGUCUCGGGGGGCCAGAGGUGAGAUUCCGACAUGGGCUCUCACUGGCCACUCCACCACACCCCAUCUCUGGUGUGUGAGGAAAUGGGGUCUUCCCUUCAGGACACAGCAGCCUUUUUGGAACAAGAGGAAAAAGCAGCACUGUGGAGUGCAUGUGGGCAUGGGCUUCUGGCCAUCCUGGUUUCAUACCCCACAUAAAAUUUGGGCCGUAGAGUUUACCUUUUAAAAAAUUAAAUUUUGCAUUUUAAGUAUUUACAUUUGUUGGUCAUUUGGCAAUGGUUCCUAAAGUGUGUCCUGAAUGCCUAUAAAAUUAUGUAUAGGGCUUAAUAAUAAUAUGUUUUGUAUACCUUUCCUGUUGUGAGGUCUAAAGAUGUGCUUUGUAUAAUAUGUAUAAAUAGGAUUUUUUACAAAGGAAGCUGUGUCAUACAAGAGGACAUGAGUUUCUAACCUUGCACAUAUUUAUUUGUUAUUUACAGUUAUGGAAUUUACACAGGGUCGUUCAGAAAUGCUUUUUUUUCUUGUGCCUUUGGAAGUCUAUGCUUGUGUAAAGAUGCUGUUUUGUUUCUCAGACCUAAAAGGAAUACAGAUUACUCCUACUUCUGCAUUUCUUGAAUUUUUAGACUUGUGCUCUUUGGAGCAGUUCCAGUAAACCACUGCGACUCCUCAUCUGCCCUGCUGUCCACGCUCCCCAAACCCUGCUCUGAGCCCAUUCCAGCGGGGCUGUGCCCUCACAGACACCUCCUCCUUACGGGCACUCCUCUCCUCGUGGAAUUGCAUGCUGCCUCCCUGGCAGUUGGCGACGCUGGUGUGGCCGGAGAAUGUUCUGAUCCCUUCCCUCCACGACCCGGCCUCCCUCCCACCCUCUGGGGAGGCUUGUGGCUGUGGCUUACAGGAUUGUGUGUGUCGCGAACACGGGACACGUACUGACUAAUGGUCAGAUUUUUCUUGGCUUUGAGGUUCAUUGCUGGCAAUGGACGUGACCCCUAGUGCAGAUGAAUUAAUAAAGCUUUUUUUUUAAUGGUC